AUGGGAAACCCGCUCCAUCAUGCUCCGGCAUACACGCCACAGAGGAAACUUAAGAUUGUUACGGUAGGUGCCGGGCUUUCUGCCCUAAUCUUCGCUCACAAAUUGCAACACGAACGACCAGAAUUCCAACAAUUGGUGUCGCAUAAAAUAUAUGAGCUGAGGAGUGAUAUUGGAGGAACCUGGCUUGUUAACAGAUACCCUGGCGUCCAAUGUGAUGUCCCUGCGCAUGUAUAUGCCUUUCCAUUCGACCCUAAACCUGAUUGGAGCCACUUUUACGCGACUGGACCGGACAUUCAUAACUAUAUCAAAGAGACAGCCAAAAAAUGGAGCCUUGACCGCGAUGUUCACCUCAAUCACAAAGUGACAGAAGUGAUUUGGCAAGAAGACCUUGGUCAAUGGAAAAUUACGGUGGAGACUCGAGAGCAAACUUUUAUUGAGUACGCCGAUUUUUUCAUAUCGGGGCAAGGGGUUUUGAAUAAAUGGCGUUGGCCAGAUGUUGAAGGACUAGAAAAAUUCAAAGGGCAUAAGUGUCAUUCAGCCGAAUGGGACGAGAGCUACGAUUAUUCGCAUAAGACUGUGGCUGUUAUUGGAAACGGAUCGUCUGGAGUACAAAUCCUGCCCAAACUGGCGAAUCUUCCCGGGGCAAAGGUAAUCAGCUUUCAGAGAAGUCCUAACUACGUAUAUUCACCAACAGCUCCUGCAAAACUACUGGACCACGAUAACCCGGCCCAAAAUCCGGCGUAUACUGAGGAAGACAAACACCGGUUUCGCGAGGAUAAGACCUUUCACCGGGAAUAUCGUCGAAAAAUUAUCCAUAAUAUCAAUUCGAUGUUCAGAGUGUUUGUCAAAGGUUCACAAGAGAAUCUUAAGGAAUCGGAGGCAGGCCGCCUCCAAAUGGCCGAGAAAUUGCAACAAGAUCCCGACUUAUGCUCAAAAUUAAUACCAAAGUGGGGUCUUGGCUGCCGACGCAUUACCCCAGCUGAAGGGUAUCUCGAGUCUUUUUCGAAGUCAAAUGUUCAACUAGUCUUCGAUACAGUAACGGCUGCUACCGAGACUUCAGUUGUGACAGCAAGUGGCCAGUCCUUUGAGGUGGACGUUGUUGCCUGCGCGACUGGUUUCGACGUCUCAUGGAAGCCGCAGUGGCGCAUGAUAGGCAAAAAUCAAGUGGAUCUGAAUCAAGAGUGGUCUGUCGAUCCGAAGUCUUAUAUCUCUCUUGCCGCAGCCGAUAUGCCAAACCACUUUAUCUUCUUGGGACCUAAUGCUGUAGUCACUCACGGAUCGCUCGUUGAAUCGAUCAAUUGGACGGCAGAUUAUAUCUUAAAGUGGAUAUAUAAGGUGGUGACCGAAGACAUCAAGUCUAUCACGCCUAAAACAGGUGUCAUCAAUGAGUUUAUCGAGAAAGGAAAUGAGAUCCAUGAGACAUUGAUCUGGACAGACAGCUGCUCUAGUUGGUUUAAACGGAAUACUCUCAACGGACGAGUUACCGCUGGAUUUGGAGGUAGUGCGCUACUGUUUCGAAAAUUGAUUCAGGAAAUUCGGCCGGAAGACUUCGACAUUGAGUACCGAAACUCCAAUCGGUGGUCUUUUCUGGGGAAUGGCUUCACCGAAUACGAGUUGGAUCCGAAGAAUGAUUUGGCGUGGUAUCUGAAGCAUUGA